AUAAAAAAUGAUCAUAAAAAAUUGUGGUGUGAGAGGAUAUUAUGCGUUGAAGUUCCAUUUGCACAGUGAAACUGAAACUGCAUAGGUUAGGUUGAAGCGUUGAAGACGAAGGAGCGAACAGAAGAACAGAGUGUUGAGUUUGAGCAAAGAAGAAUGCAUUCAUUCGCAAACGAUUUGUCGUUUUUUGACGUAAAUUUCAGUUACACUUACUCAUACCCCGAGGCUGAUCCCUUCGCAUAUCGUCAAAAUCAAAACGAUGACUACCAUGCUUUAAACGCCGCCGUUUUGCCCCGUCGCCACGACGGAACCUCACCUCUGCCAUUGGGCAUGGAUUGGAGUCUUCCUCCUCGCAAAUGGGAGGGACGCAACACUGUUUGGCCGCAUCAUCAUCCUCCCACCGCUUGGAGUUUCUGCGUUACGCUUCCUUCUUGGGUUGUUGUUCCCCAAUCCGCACCUUCUGAUCCUGUUGUUUUUUAUAGGGUUCAAGUUGGUAUACAAUCCCCGCAAGCUAUUACCACUACUCGUUUAAUACUACGCAGAUUUAGCGAUUUCUUUAACCUCUUCUAUGAACUGAAAAAAGAAUUUCCCAUGAAAAAUUUGCCUCCGCCUCCACCGAAGAAGAUAUUGAGAAUUAAAAGCCAGGCUCUUUUGGAAGAGCGGCGACACUUGUUGGCAGAUUGGAUGGAAAAAUUGUUAUCGGACAUAGAUGUAUCAAGAAGUGCGCCGGUGGCAAUAUUUCUUGAGCUAGAAGCUGCUGCUAGGUCUUCAUUCUAUGAUGUGAAUCAGCAUAUUGGCGAUGAAAUUUCUGCUGGUGGUACUACACUUUCCAGUACUGAUGUCCCUUAUGAGGUUUCUGAGUUGGGAACAUCAAGGCACAGGAAAGAUAAAUCUGCUGAUGAAAUCAUGGACAAUUCAUCACCAGAACAUGACAUAACUAAUCCAACUGCAACUGCUGUUGAUCAUGCUAUAUCCAGCAAAGACGUUAUUCAUGAUGAUAAUAGUACAGAAAAAGUCACUGAGAAUACUGUUGAUGCUAUAGCUCUUCGCCUAGAUGGAACUGAGUUUACCCCUGCUAGGAGUGCUUGUGUCAAUAGACUGUCUAUUGAAAGCAUUGGAAGUGACAUAAGUUCAUUAGAAAAUACUGAAACAUCGAGUUCAGCUACAAUCACUAUGCUUCAGGAUGCUUCACAUGAUCUUCCUGAGAGCCAUGAAGCCUCCACGAACUCAGAUUUAUUGUUGACUUUUCCAUUGCAUGAACAACUAAAGUUGAACAGAAUUCUGAAUACCCAGAGGCAAAGACUGGCCACAGCAAAAACAGAUGUUGAGGAUCUUCUAGCAAGAUUGAAUCAAGAAAUGGCUGCAAGACAGUAUCUCGCAACAAAGGUCAAAGAUUUGGAAGUUGAACUUGAAACGACUCGUCUGAACUGCCGAGAAAACAUGCAGCAGGCUGUUUUAACUGAAAAGGAAAGGUUUACACAAAUGCAGUGGGAUAUGGAGGAACUUCGGAGAAAGUGCCUGGAGACAGAAAUGAAAUUGAAGUUAGAAGAGGAUGAAAGGCUGCUAGCAGAAUCUACAAAAGCAUCUGUCAUUCAGGAGAACCAAUUGUUGCAGCAAGAACUAGAUGUGGCUAGAGAACAACUUAAGCAUUUGCAGAAACAUAAUGAUGACUUUGAGAUUAAAUCAAAGGCAGAUAUGAAGUUGCUAAUAAAGGAGGUAAAAUCCCUUAGAAGUUCUGAGUUAGAACUGAAACAGCAGCUCAGCAAAUUGAUGAAGGAAAAGUUAGAUGUGGAGAGAAUUCUCCAGAAGGAAAGACAGAGAAAGGAACUUUCACAUAGUGCUAAUGCUAAGUUGCUGCGUGAGUGUACAAUCCUCCAGAAGAGGCUUCAGGAGUGCAGUGUAAAUUUCCUUGUUGAAGAGGAAGAUAAGCUAAAUGUCAACACUUUGCCUUCUGAUGCUUUGGAUUUAUUAGCAACGUCAGAUAAUCGAAUUGGUCUCUUGCUUGCAGAGGCACAGCUCUUAGCACAAGAUGUAGAGAAUCAUGUUGCUGUGGAAGAGACCCACGACAUAACUCAAGAUGAUACAGGGACAACUUUUGAUGAAUUGAGAAAGAUGCUGGCGCAGAUGUUUGUGGACAACGCUAGUUUAAGAAGACAAAUCAAUUCUGUUAUUCGUUGUGCUCUAAAUGAAAAUUUCAAAUCUGAAGAGGACGGGGAAGGAGAAAUCCAUUUGCGAAAAACUGUUCUAAGCAAGUUCUUAGAAAGAUGACAUGUUUUAUGCAUGUGUACCCUCUAUUACCGAGCCACUUACUGUUAAUGUUGUCUGUAAUUUUGCAUCUGUAUGGUUUCACUGCUCAAAUUGCAUACUUUGCCAACAGUAAUGCCUUAAUUAUAAAGCCAAUCAUCCCGUUUAGUGUAACAAAAUAAAUGGCCUGCUUGCCAACAGUAAUGCCUUAAUCAAUAUAGUGUUCAUCGUUCCGCCAGAAUUGACAUGAAUGAAUAUGGUUAACCAUCAAUUGAAACCGACAAAUAUAAUGCCAGAAUUUG